AGAUAAAAAUAACAGAAAGCGACUUAUCAGUAGCGAACAGCGAAUGCGAACAUACGUGUACAAGUAACAAAAUAACAUUUGCAAAAAUGCUCGGAAAAGGUAAAAGAAAGAAGAAAAGACGAGGAAGUGGGAGACCAGUCGAUGGUGAUAACACCCCAAAUGAUGGCUGCUCAAAUGCAGGAGAUAGUGAAAAUGAAGGCAAUGAACGUGUUAAUAUAAUUUAUGGUGUUCCAAUAAACAAUAGUGAUGAAGAGAGUUUGUUAGACACUGAUGGUGUAUUAGCGUCUUCUAGCACACUUGUUUUGGAUGCUCAAAUGAAGAAACCUCCCGUUUUGCCUCUUGAAGAUAAAAAAGAAGAUAUCGAUUACAUUGAAUACGUUCGUGAAGAGAGUUUAAAAGAACACGAGGAAACACAUGAAAUAGUAUAUAACAAAAGAGCCUUAUCAAAGGAAGCACCUACGUACGAAUUGGAAAAAUUCGGAAAACAUGCUUUGUUAAUAUUCAAUCAGUGCAAUAUAGAAGGAUAUGUAAGACCAAGAUUAGGCACUGAAAGAGACGUCGAAGAACUUGAAAAAACAUUCAAAUCUUUUGGGUUUGAAGUGGAAACAGUACCGGAUUUGACUAAAGAAGAAAUAAGAACGAAGUUAAAAGAAUGUAAGUACGAGUACCUACCUAAGCAAUGGCCAAUCCAACUGUGUUGCUUUUUCAAAUAAAUUGAUACAUCUUUU